CGUCUUCUUCACUUGUAGUCUCUCUCUCUCAGGGUUAGGGUUAGUGCGAGGAUUUGGGUCUGAUAAUUCUUUCUCUUUUGGGUUGGAGAGAUCGAAAUGGCGAAUCGUACAGACCCAGCGGCGAAGAGCAUAAGGGGGACAAACCCACAGAACCUCGUGGAGAAGAUUCUGCGGUCAAAGAUCUACCAGAACACGUACUGGAAGGAGCAGUGCUUCGGUCUCACCGCGGAGACCUUGGUCGACAAGGCCAUGGAGCUCGACCACCUCGGCGGGACCUUCGGCGGGAACCGUAAACCCACGCCCUUCAUGUGCCUUGUCAUGAAGAUGCUCCAGAUCCAGCCCGAGAAGGAGAUCGUCAUUGAGUUUAUCAAGAACGAUGAUUACAAAUACGUGCGAAUACUUGGUGCUUUUUAUCUGCGUCUCACAGGAACUGAUGUUGAUGUCUACCGGUACCUAGAGCCUUUAUACAACGAUUAUAGGAAGCUGAGGCAAAAACUUCCUGAUGGACAAUUCUCCUUGACACAUGUGGAUGAAGUAAUUGAUGAACUUCUGACAAGGGAUUAUUCAUGUGAUAUUGCUUUGCCACGUAUCAAGAAAAGAUGGACUCUUGAGUCACUUGCUUCACUAGAACCUAGACAGAGUGUCUUGGAAGAUGAUUUUGAGGAGGAGGAAGAGAAAGAGGAGAACGACCAACUUGAUGGUUUUGAAGAUGGGGCUCACGAAAAGGACUAUUAUCGUGGGCGAAGUCCUGCUAGAGAAAGAGAUAGGGAUAGAAGACGUGACCGUGACAGAUACAGGGAUCGAGACUAUGACAGAGACUAUGAUAGGGAACGUGGGCGAGGGCGAGAAAGAGAGAGAGACAGGGAUAGAGAGAGGGAGAGGGAUAGGGAUAGGGAUAGGGACAGGGACAGGGACAGGGACAGGGACAGGGACAGGGACAGGGAUCGUUAUCGCCUGAGAGAUGAGAAGGACUAUGGUCGUGACAGAGAGCGAGAAAGGGAGUGGGAAGGUAGAGAGAGGGAGAGGCGAGACAGGGACCGUGGCAGGAGGAGGAGUCACUCAAGAAGCCGAAGUAGAAGUAGGGAUCGCAAGGAUCAUGAGGGUGGGGAACACCGGAAGAGACAUGCACGCAGCAGUGCCAGUCCGAAAAGGCGAGAUGGACCUGAUGACAGCAUCACCCGGGAAGAGCCAAAGAAGAAGAAGGAAAGAAAGGAGAAGAAGGAUGAUGGGACAGACCACCCAGACCCUGAGAUAGCUGCAGCUAACAAGCUUCGGGCAUCCCUUGGGUUGAAACCGUUGAAGUAGGUGCUAGGAUCUUUUGUUAAAUGGUGGUUUCCGUUAACAUCGAUGGAUAUAUGAAGUUUGUUUGCCAUUACUUGUAGUAGCAGCUGGGAUUGCCAGUAUUGGAUCAUGUAUAACAGAUCAAACAUAUGAUUGUCAAUAUUAUAUGAGUUUUCUCUUUGUGAGUA